GCCUUCCCCGAGACGCGUCGGACCUUCUGAUAGUUGUUUCACUUAAAACCGUGGGUGGAACAACCCACCUUCCAAAGUCUGAACCAAACCCACAGGCUAUCAUGAACAGCACUGACGACGUUUUCAGAAACCGGAACAGGAAGUAUACCUUUUCAUGCGCAAUCGCAAACCAACGUUCACAGCGGCAAGCGUGAGACGAGGGGCUGUUUGUCAGGUUGAGAGUCCCUUAGCCUCCAUCAAAGAUGGAUUUCCAGCACAGAGCAGGCGGUAAGACGGGCAGCGGUGGAGUGGCCUCCUCCUCGGAGAGCAACCGGGACCGCAGAGAGCGCUUACGGCAGCUAGCGUUGGAGACGAUCGACAUUAACAAGGAUCCCUAUUUCAUGAAAAAUCACUUGGGUUCUUAUGAAUGUAAGCUUUGUCUCACCCUACACAACAAUGAGGGCAGCUACCUCGCUCACACACAAGGCAAGAAGCAUCAGACCAAUUUGGCUCGGAGAGCAGCCAAAGAGGCAAAAGAAGCACCAGCACAGCCUGCACCUGAAAAGGUUAAGGUCGAGGUGAAGAAAUUUGUUAAAAUUGGUCGGCCAGGAUACAAAGUUACCAAGCAGAGGGACUCAGAAAUGGGGCAGCAGUCUCUUCUCUUCCAGAUUGAUUAUCCAGAGAUAGCAGAGGGCAUUGGACCCAGGCAUCGCUUCAUGUCUGCCUACGAGCAGCGCAUUGAGCCACCAGACCGUCGCUGGCAGUACCUGCUGUUGGCAGCAGAGCCCUAUGAGACCAUCGCUUUCAAGGUUCCUAGUCGAGAGAUUGACAAAGCAGAGAGCAAGUUUUGGACUCAUUGGAACAGAGAAACAAAGCAGUUCUUUUUGCAGUUCCACUUUAAGAUGGAGAAACUCACACCUAUGCCGAGUGGUCCAAUGCCUCCCAUGGGUGUGAAGCGGCCACCCCCUCUCAUGAGCAACAUGGGCCCUCGGCCACCCCACGACCCCAUGCCUCCUCCACCCCCUGGUGGCAUGCACAUGCCCCCUUUGCCCCCUGGGGCCCCAGGACCCCCGCAUAUGCACCGCCAUAUGCCACCCCAUGCACCCAUGCCCCCCAUGAUGCGACCACCCCUACCCACGGACGGCCCAGGAAUGCCCCCACCUCCGCCGAACUCCUAAGGACACUCAGACGGAUUAGGGGACCUUUUUGUUUUCCCCAUGCAUUUGAUAUUAGGUUAACGUUUCCAAAGCUGUGGACUAAUGUUCUUGUGGAAAUGACUUGACAACAGAAACAGAAUAUUUUCGUCCUGCCGUUGUACAUUUUAGUUUUUAAUGUAAGGGCCAUGCCAAAGCCCGCAGACCAUGCAAACUUUUUUUAUUAUUAAAACAAUGACUAGAA